AUUUACAACAAAGAGGAAUAGUGGCUAAUGUGGCUAAUUUAGAUAAUUUUUACCAACUGGAACUUGAACCAAAAAAAAAGGUGGUUUAUUUAGGGAUAGAUUGCACGGGAGAAAGACUUCAUAUCGGACAUUUAUUUUUACUCAUUCAGACUAUUCGCUUUGCCAAAGAAGGUUUUCAAAUUCUCCUGGUUUUAGGCGGAGCCACCAGUAAAAUCGGCGACCCAAGUGAUAAAAAUGAGGAGCGACCGCUACUGGCGAUCGAAAAAAUUGAGAAUUAUCAGGCCAAAAUAAAAGCACAAAUAGAGAGAAUAUUAAUUAAGCCCAAAAAAAGAGAAAAAAAUGACCUUGCCCCUCUCGAACAAUUUUAUGCUGACAACCCAAAAUUACUAAAGGAUAUUUAUCAAAUAUUAAGUGUAAAUCCGAACACCAACAAAGACCAACAAUGA